AUUGGCUUAUGGGUAAAAUCCAAUAUGUCUGCGCCCAUGGUAAACAACAUGAGAGUUCAACAAUUUUAUUUUUUACUAUUUUUAGACAUUUGAAUUACUACUGAUAUUUGUUAAUAUGUUAGGGCAAUGUAGAUAUUCUUAUUCCGUACUGAAAUAUUGUAAACAGAAACUGACAUUCUUGCAAACGUUACAUAAUUCUAGAAAAACGCAAAUUUCUUUCUGUUCAACAAGAUGCACAACUGGUAGAAGAGUGCUAGGAAUAGAGACAAGCUGUGAUGAUACUGGCGCUGCAGUAGUAGACGAAUAUGGAAAUAUCCUUGGAAAUGCGCUUCAAUCUCAAACCCAGGAGACUGUUGCGGUAGGCGGUGUUAUUCCAUUUCAUGCUCGAGACCAGCACAAAGCUCAUAUUGAAGAUGUAGUGGAACAAGCUUUAAAAGAAGCUAAUGUAACAGUGAAGGACCUUGAUGCAGUAGCUGUUACUGUGAAACCAGGAAUCAGUAUGUGUCUUAAUGUUGGUCUUUCUUAUGCCAAGAAACUAGUUCAAGAACACAGGGUUCCAAUGAUUCCAAUUCACCACAUGGAAGCUCAUGCCCUCACUGCGCGGAUGAUUGAACAAAUAGAUUUUCCAUUUUUAGUCUUGUUGGUGAGUGGCGGUCACUGUUUACUUGCAGUUGCUAAGGACAUUGACAAGUUCUUGUUGCUAGGGACCGCGUUAGAUUCCUCACCUGGGGAAGCUUUUGAUAAGGUUGCAAGGAGAAUGAAGUUGAAGAAUUUACCAGAAUGUUAUAACAUGAGUGGCGGGGCUAUGGUAGAGCACAUUGCAAAACAAGGCGACAUAGAGAAAUUCCCGCCGCUCGAGAUAUUAUCUGGCAAUAGAAGCUGUAACUUCUCUUUCUCCGGAAUGAAAACUUAUUACAUGAGGUUGAUUGAAAAGGAAGAAAAGGAACAAGAGAUAGUUGCCAGUAAUGUGAUAUCAAACGCCGGUGAUGUGUGCGCAUCUUUCCAGUAUUCUUUGGUUCGGCACCUGGCCAAACCUUUGCAUAGGGCAUUCUUAUUUAGUGAAAUGAGAGAACUGUUACCAGAGGAUGGGAAAACUUUGGUGGUCUCUGGUGGCGUUGCCUGUAACCAGUACAUUCAACAAGGACUGAAGAAAGUAUGUGAGAAGUACGACUGUAGACUGGUGUGUCCACCACCUCACCUGUGUACAGAUAAUGGAAUCAUGAUAGCUUGGAACGGUAUUGAAAAAUUAAAGGCAGGAAGAGGUUUUGCUGAGGAUCCGCAGUCUCAGAGGUUCAUUCCAAAGGUACCGUUUGGAGAAGACCUUACAUCAGAUGUGGCUAACUGUACCAUCAAAGUUCGCAAUGCCAACCUGUUAUGAGAUUGUUU